AUGGAAGUAACAGUGAUUAAUGAAUUUGGUGAUCCAACAUCAAUCAAGUAUCGAGGCAAUGAUCCUGUUCCUGAUUCUGGAGAAAUUAGUGGUGUAGGGCGUUAUGAUUGUAGCAAGGCAGAAGGUUCAUCAUGUAAAGAUAGAGGAUAUGCUGUAUACAAGGUCCAACAAGGCAAAAAAUAUAGAUUUAGGAUAAUCAACACUAGCGCCAUGGCUCAUUUCACCGUUUCUUUUGACGGUCAUCCGAUGACAAUUAUUGAAGUCGAAGGAACACAUGUCAAAGAAUAUACUGUUGAAUAUCUUCCGAUUAACAUUGCUGAACGUUACUCCGUAAUUAUUAAUUGCAAUCAGACAGUUGGCAAUUUUUGGAUCAAAGCACUUAUAGCUCGGUGUAGCAUUCCCUACAGACCGGGAGAUCCUCGUACAAUCAACUCUAAUUCUGCCAUAAAUUACACCGUCUUAGGUAUCCUUCGUUAUGAGGGUGCCCCUGAAAGUAAUCCACAAUCUACUGGGUUCAGGAUUCCUCCGCCAAACUGUUAUGAUCAAGAUCCAAGUACUUUGAAACCAUACAAACCUGAACCGCCUCCAUCAGGUGAUGUCGAGACUAUUCCUUUCACGGUCGAUGUUAGUCUUUUACAGACCUCCAACCUUUUAGCUGCAACGGUUAAUGGGCAAUCAUUCGUACCGGAUUUCUCUUAUCCGACGGUAAAAAGACUUAGAGAUGGCAUGGAUCCUAGCAGAUUCCUUGUCACGGAUAAUGCAUAUGGAUUUAAUAUCUCUAGUGGUUCACCAGUUGAAAUUUUGAUAAGAAAUGAUGAAAAUAGAACUCAUCCUUUCCACUUGGUAAAAUCACCAGAUUUACUUAGAAUGCAACUCAAUGACAUGCCCGAAGAAGUCUCACAUCUUUGCGACCAAUUUGACAACACGAAUGGACUAUCUCAUGAUCCUUCUAUGGAACCAUCUGAACCUGAUCCAUCAACGGAAAAUGUUGUACCAGAUAGUUCACCAGAUACAUCAAAACAACCGGAUGAAGAUUCAUACACACCACCGGAUGAUUCAUCAACACCACCAGACGAUUCAUACACACCACCGGACGAUUCAUCAACACCACCAGACGAUUCAUCAACACCACCAGACGAUUCAUCAACACCACCAGAUGAUUCAUCAACACCACCAGAUGAUUCAUCAACACCACCAGAUGAUUCAUCAUACUAA